AUGCCAUCCCUCGUCCAAAAACACUGCUCCUCAACCAGUAGCUCAUUAUUUCAACACCAUCAGCAACAUCAAAAGGCAAGCUAUGGAAGUGUGAACGGACCUUUUAAUGCUCGAGUGAUGAGUGCCAAAGAGGCUCUUACACAGUUUAUUAAAGGAGGAAAUCGGGUAUUCCUUCAAACUGGAUGUAACGUUCCAAAGUAUUUAUUGUCAAAUUUGGAGUCCCUUGUGGAAAAUAAGGAAUUAGUCUUCGGAGAGGGGCACAAAGAAAAGGUUGAAUUUGUGGGCCUUCAUAUCAAUUACUAUCCAGGUCAACAAUCGCCUCAUCUUUCUCCAAAGAAUAGAGACUAUUUUCAUACCAAUGCCAUGUUUCAUGGAGCCAAUGAGAGAGCAGCCAUGAAGGAUAACAAGGAAGACCAAGAACCUUUGGUGGAUUAUCUUCCAAUUUUCUUGAGUGAAGCUCCACUUCUUUUCAAAAGUUGUAAAUUUCCAAUUGAUGUGGCGUUGAUUCAAGUCUCUCCUCCUGAUGCUCAUGGUUAUUGCUCACUUGGUGUUUCAGUGGAUAUUUCAUUGGCCGCGGUUGAGUCAGCCAAAUUCGUCAUUGCUCAGGUGAAUAGAAACGUUCCAAGAACACACGGCGAUGGUUUCAUUCACAUUUCUCAAAUUAAUGCUUUUGUUUAUCAUGAUGAACCACUUUCGGAAAUACCAUGUGACAUUAAUAAUUUGGAAGAGACUGAUAGAAAAAUUGGAGAACAUGUGGCUUCUCUCAUUCCGGAUCGAGCUUGUCUUCAAUUAGGCGUUGGUAGUUUACCAAACGCAGUGUGUGCUGCCCUCACUAAUCACAAAGAUAUUGGAAUUCAUACAGAAUUAAUGUCGGAUGGAAUUUUGGAGCUUUUCAAAAAGGGUGUGAUCACGAACAAAUACAAGGGACUACAUCAACAUGAAAUUUUGUGUACAUUUGUGAUGGGUACUAAGAAUAUCUAUGAUUUUGUAAAUGACAAUCCACAAGUCAUUUUCAGAGGAGCUGAUUAUGUGAACGACAUUUCCAAUAUCAAGCAAAAUAAGAACAUGAUUGCAGUGAAUAGUGCUAUUGAAAUUGAUUUAUCUGGUCAAGUCUGUGCUGAUUCUAUUGGUACACGAAUGUACAGUGGAGUUGGAGGACAAAUGGAUUUUAUGGUUGGCUCUGCAAAAUCUAAGGGCGGCAAGCCAAUCAUUGCUAUUCCUUCAGUGACUUCUACUGGAGAAUCUAAAAUUGUGAACACUCUCAAACAAGGUGCAGGUGUUGUGACUACAAGGGCGCACGUUCAUUAUGUUUGCACUGAAUAUGGUGUUGCUGAAUUGUAUGGAAAGAAUGUUCGAGAGAGAGCAAAGGCUUUGAUUUCAAUUGCGCACCCCAUGCACAGAGACAGAUUAACUCAUGAAGCAAAGCAGCGUUUUGGAUACUUUUAA